GUUUAUGCACUCUUGGUUUGAGACUGUCUUUGCUGGUUGCCGGAAAAGUAAAAAAAAGAGUGGAAUAGUGUUCGUUCAUGAGUGUCUUCGAUGUUUUUCUAACUGAAAAGAACUUAGACGGACAAUAGAUGGAACUCUAUAUUUUAGUAGAUGUAUCACUCACCUCAUGAUGAAAAUGCCUGUCAGUGUGGCGAGCACGGCUGAUUUCGUGGACAUUUGGGAUUACAACCUGGAGAAAGAAUUCGAGAGGAUCAGAGACCUUGUCAAUGACUACAACUACAUUGCCAUGGAUACUGAGUAUCCAGGCGUGGUUGCGAGGCCGUAUGGUGAGUUCCGCACACCAACCGAUCAACAGUACCAGGGAGUCAAGGCCAAUGUGGACAUACUCAAGAUUAUCCAAAUUGGGAUAACAUUCUUCAACCAAUACGGACAAACACCGCCUGGUAUUCACACGUUUCAGUUCAACUUCAAGUUCUCGUUAAAAACUGACAUGUUUGCAAAAGACUCGAUCGAGCUGCUGACCACUGCCGGCAUCCAGUUUGAAGAGCAUGACAAGAGAGGUAUCGAUCCUGUUCACUUUUCAGAGCUUCUUGUCAGUUCUGGUCUUGUUCUUAAUAAUGUGGUACGGUGGAUCGCUUUCCAUGGUUCCUAUGAUUUUGCAUACUUGAUGAAGCUGGUGCUUGGCACGAAGCUGCCAGUGGACGAAGCAGCGUUCUUUGAGCUUUAUCGACUGUUUUUCCCGCGCAUCUAUGAUGUCAAAUAUUUGAUGAAGAGCGUGAAGACACUGAAGGGUGGACUGCAAGACGUUGCCUCCACGCUGGAGAUCGACCGGGUAGGCCCCCAGCAUCAAGCUGGAAGUGACAGCUUGCUGACUGGCCAUGUUUUCUUUCGUAUGAGAGAGAUGUUCUUCGAUGACAAGAUUGAUGACAAUAAGUACUGCGGCUUUGUUAUCGGUCUCGGCAAUCCGAAUACGACCAUCGCGGCCGCGGCAGCAGCAGCAGCAGCAGCCGGCGGUGGAGCGGGUGACCAGGCAAGCGCUGAGAAUAAAUUGUGAGGUGUGUGCCGGUAAAGCUGCUAGCCAUCAUCGUCUGCCUUCCUUGCUGCUAUGCUGAUGCCACCUCCCUAUGCAACAAUGAGGCGGCCUUCUUCAUGCUUUUCACUUGUGUGCGCCAUUGGACACGUAACACAUGGGUGACCCGAUUGCGUGGCAAGGAAUACUAAUAAUGGAAGUGUGUAAGUAAGCCUGCAGCUCUCACGUUGCCACUUCUUUUCUUUAUCAUAUUUUGUAUCAUUUGUUCAUAUUUUACUUGCUUGUAUAUAGGCUGCAUGCUCUCUUCCUGUCCCUUACACUUUUUCUCUCGGCAAGACAUGUUACCUAUGGUGGUGUUUCGGGGAUGGCUGCUUCUUGUUUCUGCUUUGUAUCUUGGCUUGCAUAUUGUCCUAUGUGGCAGCUCUGUUAAUAUUUUUAGUACCGGUACUCAUUUCUCGGACUGCUGCUUAUUGGACAUUCUUAGCCGCCAGUGAAUGGACAAAAUGCUCUGUGCUACUGUAAACGAUUGUGUUAAUCGUGUACAUCUGCUUGUCCACACUACAUGACUUUUGUACACUAUUUAGUUGUAUUGCUAACACUCGAUAAUUCUUGUGAUUUGCUUGUCGGCUCGCUGUUGUUGCUACUACUACUGCUGUUGCUGGUGUUGUUGUUGCUGUUGCUGUUGUUGUCGUCGUUGUUGUCUUGUUGGUGGUGUCGUUGUUGUUGAUGCUGAAAUGUAGUAUGUGGCUGUAGUGAUUAUACUUCGAAGUGGUACAUUGACGCCGUCCAUUGCUGACAAUAGUUUAGGUCAACUACACGUCGUACUUCCGCGGGAAGCCAACAUAUUAGUGCAAUGUAGUGUUCAUAUCUUUUCUCUCUCCUGUUCAUCUGUAUGUAGCUAGCUAGCUUAUAUUUGUGUGUGUGUGUGUGUGUGUGUGUGUGUGUGUGUGUGUGUGUGUGUGUGUGUGUGUGUGUGUGUGUGUGUGGCAUUUAUUUGUGCUGCUCUAGUCCUGCUUUCUGUGUAUAGAAUUGCUUCAUAAUGUCUGUGUAUAAUAGUUAGCAUCGUCUUCACAUUUCCUUUCUUUUACAUACUACAGUACAUGUGCCGUUAUGGUCUGCAUGUAUUGACAUUCUGUCCGUUUACGACAUGAGUUCAGUUCAUGAUGGUAGAAAUGAGUGAGUGCAAGCUAGUGAUUACUAUAGUUGUGCACUUGUA